GUGAGUGGAGCGCUUCUGUUCCACGUGGCUCAGUGAGAAGACACUCUUUCGAACCGCGUCACGAGCUGUUGUUGUCAUUAAGUAGCUCACUCGUCUGUCUCGACCCCAAGCACGUGCGCCGCAGUUUUCCCCGUAAGAACGAAGCCUUUUCACGCCGCACGAACCGUGACGACGAGUGGAUUAUUGGAGCAAUUUUUAGGCUUCCUGUGUCACGCUUUGAAAACGCACCUAAUGUGAGCGAACAUGCAGCAGCGAGGGAACAUCGGAGUGAGGGCCAGCUCCACCGCAGCCUUCUGUCCGGUGAGCUCUUUACCUUCGCUUUACCUUCUCCUCCUCUCUUGUUGCAGUGGGCAAGUCUGAAGACGGACCCGUCUGCUGCAAUGUCCAACGCCAAGUCACCCUCGCGGUCUAGAUCCAGAUCUCGAUCCUGCUCCUUCUCGCAUUCACACACCAGAAGCCGCUCCCGGUCCAGGAAGCGUCGCUACAGCUCUAGGUCUCGAUCCCAAUCUAGGUCUCGCUCUGCAUCCUACGGUUGUGACCGCAACUAUGGUAAGGAGUACCAGAACAACCGAGGCUUCCGCGGCUACAGCAGAGGCUACAGAAGGCCUUACUACUACCGCGGUCGUGGCUUCUUCCCCCGCGGUCGAUAUCAGAGAGGAGUGGGUGGCUAUGGCUGUGGCGCCUACAGGCGCAACAGUUGGCAGGACUAUCAAGGGCGGCAGCAACCAGCGGGUGAGAAGGAGUUCUGCAGCCCCAGGAGGGCGCACUCUCGUUCUCGCACACCGAAGAAGCGCUCGGGGAGCCAACAUUCACGGAGUCAGUCUCACCACUCAAACCACUCUUCCUCGGGUCUCUCACCCCAUUCCUUAUCAUCCUCCUCUCAUUAUUCCUCCCCUAAAUACUGUGGCAAAGGAAAGAAGGAGAGAAAGAGCAAGGGGAAGCGGAUGAGCAGGACCAGUUGUGUCCACAGCCCCCAGCUGCGCUCUGCUGUUGUCAUUGGCCAGGGGGUGCCUGCGAGCCCUCACGUGGGCCUCUCCCCCUCUGCUGCCAUGGGCAGCAGUGCGGCCCCCUGGAAAAGCAUUAGCCCCAUGGUGCCUGGCAAGAGCCCCCCAGAGGCAGCACCGGCAGGUACCUUCUCUGGCUUUGGCUUUUUCUCGAAAGACAGCCUGAAGGCGAGAGAAAAGAGCACCAUCUCGCCGGCCUUUCACAAGUUCCUGGUAGAGCACCAGAAGAAAGAGGGACCCGAAUGGGUGAGGAGUCUAAACCCAUUUGACGGAGACAGAGAGCAAGGGGCUGCAAAGCCCACUGACCUCACCCGCUCCGGUCGCAAGGCAGAGAAGGAGCCUGGAAGAAAGGAGCACAAGCAGCUUUGUUCCCCGCCACAGGGGAUGAAGGAACCAGGGGAACAAAAGGGCAACACACCUCCAAUUGUUGGUAGGCUAAUGGCUGAGACCCUUGGCAGGUGGGAGCCCUCUAACCCCGCAGCUGUGGACAUUCCCAGCCCUGAUGAUGAGGCAGGAGGCAACCUGGAAAAGGAAGUGCACUACAGCCGCAAGCAGGAGCGCACCACACCUGCUACCAGCAGGGAAAGGGCAGUCGUUGGGAAAGACUCCUUCCCCGAAUGGCUCCCAAGAGGCAGCAGGAAGGAGAAGCCUGUAGACAGCCCUCCUCGGGGCAGGCCCCCUGUGUGGAAUUGGAAGGAGGAAGCUUUCAGACACGAAGGGAGCCCCUUGUGUUACAAGCUGGCCAGCUGCGCCAACACAGUGGCCAAAGAGCGUCGCCUCUGCCAAGAGCUGGUGCAUCACAAACCAAAGGAGCAGGAGUUCCGUUCCAUCUUCCAGCACAUCAAGGCUGCACAAUUCUGGCGCAGCCCCUCGGAGGUGUUCACCCAACACGUGGUGGCCAUAGUGCACCAUGUCAAAGCUCGCCACUUCAGUCCUUCAGAGUUGACUUUACAUGACAGAUUUUCCCUCUACCUGCGCCAGGCUGUUGAGAGUGACAUGAAGGUGUGGAAAAGCCCCAAAAUCCACAGGAGAAUCAAUGUUUCCCCCAGUAUAUUUAAGAGGCAUUCCCAGGUGUUCGAGGAAACAAGAUCCUACAAGGAUGUCAACUACAAGGCAACACAGGACCCGGGGGCAAGGCAAACGAGCCUUUCUUCGGACCGUCAUGUGGAUCAGAAGCAGGCCGCGAGCUACUCUGACCGGGAGUGUGCUGCUGCAAAGACACCUGAAGACUCCUCUCUGUCCAGCAGGGAACGGUUCUCAGAGGAACCUGCCAAGAAUCACAAGAAGUUAAAAAAAAGCAAGAAGCAGCGCUCUCAGUCAUCCUCCUGCUCAGCAGAACACCAUCUGCGGGACAGCACUUCUGGUGUGGAAACCUUCAGCAAGGUCCAUGUGGCACUUCAUGACCAUGAUGCUGUAGAGAGCUCUCAGGAUCACAGGGGCUUUUUUGGAAUGAAGAGCAGGGGGUGGAGCAUGGGAAGUUACUCCAGAAACCACACUGACAACGAACCCCCAGACACAGUUGUGGGAAAGUGCCCUCCAGCGGUAGAGUGGGACUCAGAAUACAUACCCAAGAGCAAGAAGUAUCACCUGUGUGACGAUGGAGUCAUGGAUGAGGAGUGGCUGGAGCAUGGGCCCCACGGGCAGGGACAGUUUACCCAGGUGCCAAAUUCUUUUUUGUACCACAAAAGCAAUGGAAACCCAAAAUGGGCCCCUGAUAACCUACAGGUCACCAUGGAGGAGGGGGAGCUGCAGGAAGAUGGAGAGCUAGAGCCCCCUGAAGGGGGGAUCGUAGCCCCCAAACACUAGCGUCCUGUGUGGUCAACAAAAUAAGCUGUGCACCCUCAGUUUGUCCCAGAUCUAUUCUUCUGGAGCAGGGGUUUCAUAAAAAGACUGUGGACCACAGAGAGGACAUCAGCUCUGUCCGCCAGUACAUUCAACAUCUUCCGUGUCCCUCUUCACCUGCGCUUCACGAAAGCCAUGGAACUUGAGGGCUGUUUUUCUGGACAUUUGUUACGUCAAGCUUUUAAACAUCAUGUUUAAAACUUCUACAUGUGUUCUUUUCUGAAGUUACUCAAUCUCCACGAUGGGACUUCGGCCUUGUGCAGAAAGGGCUUCUCUUUCUUCUGUCUCUCUGUCAUAUGGAACGCAUCCCUGUCCUGGUGGUUUGAUGGCCUGAUGUCCUCCUUGUGGACUCCAGUUUUCUAACGUGCCCAAUAUGCUGAAUUAUUUACCUUCCCUUGUGUUUAUACCAAGAGCCUGGGUCGUAUUUUGUAUUUUCUGUAUAUCUCAAUAACUGAGGUGAUCUAUUAAAUCUUUUUCUCUUGGGUGUGAUUGACA